AUGUCUACACCGAUUCGUCUAGAAGAUGUUUUGGGAUCGAACGACAUCAUUCCUUUCGUCCAAAGCUCCCUGGGUAGUUUCUUAUUCCUCCAUCGAUACCAUCGUAUGGGAACCGCAUUGAUGUCUCGUGCGCCUCUACUUGUCAUUAGGUCCCGUAUUGAUAUGCAGUGUCGUCAUGUACAUGUUGUACGGGGUCACUACAGUCCAAGCGCUGCUGUUAUGAUCUCAAGCUAUGCGGAUCCUUCUGCUUUGCAGGAUGAAACUGACCGAGUCUCCCACUGGGACGUUCAGGGCUCUAUAUUACCUCCGAACCCUGUACGGUCACACAAUGAUGUUCAUGACCAUCACCUAGCUUUCGGUAUCCAGGUCACAGUUAUCUCUGCGAUACGGUGGGACCUGGUGUACCUUGCGGAUGGAACGAAACAAGCAGUAUUGUCCUACAUUGUAACUGGAAUCGCAAGCAACGGUGCCGUUGUGGCAGGGCUUUCGAUUGUACUUCACCGGAAGAAAACAGCAUUUCGAAAAUGUGUCGAAACGCUCCCAUAUGCUAUGCGGAGACAUCAAGGUCAACGACUGGACCCAUUCAAUAGGACCAAUGUCUUGAUCGAUGCACUUAUCAAGUAUGCGUUUGAGAGAUUCAUUCUCAUCACAGCUGUAGUCUGCGUUCAGCUCAUCGAAACGUUGGUGAGCCCGAAAGCUACCUGGCCAUUGACGCUCAGUUUCAUAAACGGACAAUUGGAAGCCAACUCGCUCUUAGCAUCGCUGAACGCGCGGCGAGAUCUCCGAGACGAAUAUUUUGCGAACACGCAAACAAUUCCUUUCGUCAAUACUGUCCGGCUAAAUAGUCUUCAGGCAUAUCAUGUCGACACGCAGCGGCACACAGGCAUCGAUAUACCUUCGAUCCACGACGGGGUGGAUCUCGGGAUGAGUAGAAAUAUGGAAUCGGUGACGGACAGCUCGAUGGUAGAGGAUGUGGAGGCAAGUCAGACACCAAAGUAA